UAUGGCUGUCAGGGUGUGAGCAUAGUGGGGUCUUUGUUGCAGCGUUAGCUUCUGGUUACAGAAUGGGGUGACCCCGCUAGACGGCCCGUUAGUGUGCCACUUCCUCAUCGAGCCGUCCGAGCGACGCUAUUGGCAGGCUAUUGUUCCUGGGAGAGAGCGAUAGGAUCGGGGAAUGUGUCCUAAUGUUUGCAGAUUGGCUCGCUGGAGCAACAAUUACACUUGGAGGAACGCUCCCUGAGGAGAAGGAUGGAGAUAAGAGGCUGGGCGUGGAAAGGCUGUGUUUCCUCACUUGUGUCUAUUCAGAAUGUGGAGGUAUCCUGGAUGCCAGUAAGCCCGGUUACAUCACCUCCCCUGGUUACCCUACGGAGUACCCCCCUCAUCAGAACUGCCACUGGGUCAUCCAAGCGCCCGAGCCUUCACAGCGCAUCGUCCUCAACUUCAACCCUCACUUUGAGAUCGAGAGGCUCGACUGCAAGUACGACUUCAUAGAAAUCCGUGAUGGGACUUCGGAUACAGCUGACGUUUUGGGACGACACUGCAGCAACAUCGCACCGCCGCCCAUCAUCUCGUCCGGAUCCUCGAUCCAGAUCCGAUUCGUCUCGGACUACGCCCAUCAGGGUGCCGGUUUCUCUCUGCGCUACGAGAUCUUCAAAACAGGUUCGGAGUUCUGCUUUCGCAACUUCACCAGCCCGUCCGGCAUGAUUGAGUCCCCAGGGUUCCCGGACAAAUACCCGCACAAUCUGGAGUGCUCCUACAUGAUCAUGGCCCCGCCCCACAUGGACAUCACCCUAACCUUCCUCACGUUCGACCUGGAGAACGACCCCCUGAUGGUGGGCGAGGGCGACUGCAAGUACGACUGGCUGGAGGUGUGGGACGGCCUUCCGCAAGCUUCGCCUCUGAUUGGCCGCUACUGUGGGACAAAGAUCCCCCCUGAGAUCCAGUCAUCCUCCGGCCUGCUGUCCCUCUCCUUCCACACAGACAUGGCUGUGGCCAAAGACGGCUUUUCUGCACGCUACAACAUCACCCACAAAAAAGUCUCCGACUCAUUUCACUGUAGCCUGGCGCUAGGCAUGGAGUCGGGAAAGAUCAGCGACGACCAAAUCUCCGCUUCCACCACCUUUUACGACAACCGCUGGUUGCCGCGGCAGGCUCGCCUCAACAACGACGACAACGCCUGGACGCCCGCAGAGGACAGCAACAAGGAGUUUAUACAGGUUGACCUCCACUUCCUCAAGGUUUUGACUGGGAUAUCCACCCAGGGGGCCAUAUCCAAAGAAACUCAGAAGUCUUACUACGUCACAACCUUUAAACUGGAGGUCAGCACCAAUGGAGAGGACUGGAUGGUGUACCGGCACGGCAAGAACCACAAGAUCUUCCACGCUAACACAGACCCGGCUGAGGUGGUCCUGAACCGCAUCCCGCAGCCACUUUUGGCCCGCUUCGUUCGGAUCCGGCCCCAGACCUGGAAGAAUGGGAUUGCACUUAGAUUUGAGCUCUACGGAUGCCAGAUCACAGACACUCGGUGCUCGGACCUGCAGGGCUUGAUGUCCGGCCUGCUUCCUGAUGCCCAGAUCUCGGUGUCGUCCAGCAGGGAAGUGGUGUGGAAUCCCAGCUCGGCCCGGCUUGUUGCAAGUCGCUCUGGCUGGUUCCCUGCACCUACGCAGCCGCUGGCUGGAGAGGAGUGGCUCCAGGUGGACCUCGGUCUUCCCAAGACAGUACGUGGAGUUAUAACCCAGGGAGCGCGGGGAGGAGACCCAGGUAGUGGACCUGCCACAGACAACCGGGCCUUCGUCAGGAAGUACAAAGUAGCAUACAGCCUGAAUGCAAAAGAUUGGAACUUCAUCAUGGACUUCAGGACCAGCCAACCUAAGAUAUUUGAGGGGAACACACAAUACGACACCCCAGAACUUCGUCAUUUCGAGGAGACAGUGGCGCAGUACAUCAGGCUGUAUCCAGAGAGGUGGUCCCCUGGAGGGAUUGGGAUGAGAGUGGAGAUCAUAGGAUGCGACCUUCCAGAAAUAAGCACCCCAGUAGACACCGUAACACCGACUCUACCUCCCAGUCCAGAAACCACCACAGUCCCCAUCACCACUUCAGCAACAGCCACUUCUCCCUCCUCUAUUGGCGUCUGUGAUUUUGACCACGGUCUGUGCGGAUGGACACACGACCCCAGCGCCCCGCUGUUCUGGUCGCUGCACAGACAUGCGCUCAACAGUUACCUGUACCUGGAUGUGAGCAUGAAGACGGAGCAGCAGCGGGCUCGGCUCGUCAGCCCCGUUGUGCCAGCUGACGCCGGGCCCCUCUGCCUACUCUUCUCCUACCAGAUGUGGGGGGAAGCCAAGGGCCACCUGAGGAUAUUUGUGCGAGACAGCCUUAACGACGAAAGCCUCCUGUGGUCGCUCCAUGACAACCACACCACCGUCUGGAGAGAAGGCCGGACCAUCGUGCCACGCUCCCCAAAAGAAUUCCAGGUUGUGAUAGAGGGUUUCUUUGAGCACAACACCAGAGGACACAUCUGGAUAGACAACAUCCACAUGAGUGCAAGCUCACCUCUGAAAGAGUGCACAGAGCCCUUCUCGGCGUUUUCUCCAGAAAAUUCAGGGGGAGGCGUUCCUGUGCCUCCCUUACCCAUCCACUGGUAUUACAUUAUGGCUGCUGGCGGCGCCCUCCUUUUCCUGGCAGUAGCCAUUUUGGCCAGAGCCCUCUGUUGCUGCCGACAACACCUGGCCACCAAGAAGAACCAGCUCUCCGUGGCCUAUCACAGCUCCUCACAGUGCUUCCAGUACUCUAACUGGUCCACCAGUAUGGCCACCCCAGGGGUGGAACCAGUCCUGACAGUGAGGCUGGACAGCCGGGACCGACACCGCACCCUCUGCUAAAAAAAAGAAAAAAGGAAGACUUGGCUUAUUGCAUCUGUUUGGCGCUUGGAUGCCAACUUGUGAUGUCUGUGGAAGUGCUGCAAAGACUUACAGAUCCACCCCCUGUUUACAACCACUUUGCUAUCAUGGUGAUGGUGACACUAAGUGAAAAUUUGCAAAGAGACACUCAGCAUCUUUAAUGGAACCAGUUUGGGUCCUCUGUCUAAUGAAGCUCUUGACGUCAUUGCACCACCGAGCAGGACGAAGCAGCCCAGGCUAUCGUUAUUUUUCCUGAACAGCUUGAUUCAGACCAUUUAGCAGCGUCUCAUAACCCCAACAGUCCUCCUGGAAUGACCCCAGCAUGGACUCAGACAAAGACAUGUGGGCGGCGGGGGGCACAGAGGUCGAGCUGGUUCUGCUGGAUGAGCCAGCCAGAGCUGCCAAACCGGCAGGCUAAAACAAGACCCGAGAGACAAAAGAGGGGGGGCUAUGAGAAGAAAACUGUUAGGCUGAGACACAUUUACUGUGCUGUAGCUGUGGAAAUGAUCUGGCAAGCCUAGAAAAGAUACUGCUCAUGGUGUCUCUGUAAUAACAACACAGAGUAGCUGUGAUGUGAGAUGUGCCAACAUUGAGGGCGUUGCAGCACAGGGUGGAAAGAAAAGAAAUGUCUCCAUUGUCCUUUUAAGCAGAGCAUGUGCACAUUUAAAACCAAAAAGGAAUGCGAAUCCAUCAUAGUUAAAUCCCUGCAUCGCAAAUGGAGAUAACCAGCUCGUUUGAUUGAGCGGCUCAUCCUCUCCUGAUAAAGGCAUCAGUCGGUGAUGGAUGCAGCCGUCCUCAGUGUUUAGUGUUUUUAUCUUGACUCUCUGGUGUAAUAAAGCACGUUGUUCCACUCCUACUCGUGCUCCAUGCCACCCACUCCGGUUAAACCCCCCCCCCACCCAAUCGCUCCGCCUCGUCUUUUAGCUGCCCAGAUGAAAGCCUGCGCCGGGCCGAGCCUUGUCGUGUUUUCAGCGCGAAUAUGUGCUUGUUGUUUUUAGGGUGGUUGUAAAUAGAAACAGCUGUCGGCCAUCACCACAUUUUUUUGAUUUAUGCUCCUACAAAUCCCACAAUGCCACAAGACCAGCUGGAGGCCAUAAGUAAAGUGUUUUGCAGUUUAUAUGUGCAGCUUUAGGAUAUUAUGAUUUACAGUGGACAGAUCUACACAAAUGAGCUCUUUUCCAGACUUUGUUCCCUUCCAGAUUGUAAUAAUGCAAAAUCUAUUAGUCAAUCCAUACAUCAAUUAAAGAAUCCGUCCAUCCAUAGCUCAGUUUUUUUAGUGUUUAACCAGCUUAAACCAACUCAAACAUCGAGUUUUGACGAAAAAAUCUGUAAAACAAUCCACCAAUUAUGUUUUUUGAAUUCUUUCGUGCCAAAAGACUCCUGAUGCACUUGCUCUUAUUAAAUCAGGGAAACAGCUUCACAUUGAGAAAACAAGGUUUUAGAUACUACUGAUUUAAAGUCCAACUUUAUUGUUUAUGAUGAAAUUUCCCCCCCAAAAAAUGUGACCGACACAAACUAAACUCCGCACCAAUUUUCCUCCAUCAGUUACCACAGAGCUGAGAUGAAGUGACCCGAGUUCAGUUGGUUUAAAUGAAAUUAAAGCUGCGGCUUACUGGGGCGUAUUUGCAGGGUUUGUCAAAGCUGCAUAAAAUCCAUCACCUUCCACCCACACCUCUAAAAUACACCUUAGUCUGGUGAUAAAGCUGCAAAGCUGCACUUUUUAUUCCUUUAUCGUUGAAGAAAACUGUUUUUGGCUCACUCUCACGUUGUGCUUUUAAAUCAACUGGGAAAGAGAGGCACUGGACACCUUAGUCAAUCCAUCCUGACACCAUUACCCACCAAGCUACUAAUAGCAGUAAUUAGUUAAUGGACGGCUAACAUUUAUUAAGGCUGCGGUAAGCACUUUUUCCCUCCCAUCUGCUGCACCUCCAUCGCCCAGUUCGUUGCCAACCUCCGUUGUCCUGGCAACAGUGUUAAUAAUGCCAUCGGCCAUCAAAGACCUCCACAUCUAGAUGUAUCUCUUGCCAAGCUGCUACUCCCACUCCUGAACACUUGCCAGGAGCAGCAAACACAGAAAGACACAAAGAAAUAAAGUUAAAAACCCAAUUAGAGUGCAGCAACUAUAGUUUACUAAUGUCGUUCGAACACUGGCAUUUGCAUCGGGUUUAAGUUCCACCCGGCGUGUCAAAGAGUCCGACAGAAAUAAACAUUACUUCUUUUCUGAUGUUUUGUUGGCUUUUCUUUCUUUCUUUAAUUUAAUUUAUGUUAAAUACACCACUCGUAACUUUGACAGCAAGGAUUUCAACAUUAUGUUUUGACUUGUCCUGGCACAGAAUGAGCAGUCUUAUAAAACCUUUAUCAAAUGUCAUGACUGUGUGUUUGACAGGAAUGUAUCUUAAUUGAACUUUCUCUAUCAAUAAAGACGUAUUUUUCUAUUUUGAUAUAUAUGCUUGUUUUAUCUUAUAUAUUGACAGAAAAGAUGUGUUGCAACAAAAGCUAACAUUCGGUUGCUCAAAAUUGUUUGCUGAUUGAUUACAUGUAAUUAUAUUUUAGAGUGAAAGCUGUGUUGCAAGGGAGUUUGUGGAUUAUUUUGCUCCUUUGCUAUUUAGUAUGUUAAUAUUUUUGGUUUAGCAUAUCAUUUAUACAUCAUUUAAGGAAUGUGUUUAUGUAACUCAAAUUAACUUUGAGAUCAUGACAAAAAUUAAUAAAAAUGUGGUACAAUAAAAUAUUUUUUGGGGGAAAAAAUAAGUUACAUAAAAUAUGAGAUUCCAAAGAAUGAAUUAUUAUGCAAUUAGUGCAACAGAAUAUUUGAUUUAACCUAGGCUAGGUCUACAAAAUAUUAAAUUAUGCAAAACUUGAUGAAGUGACAAAUGUAACCAAGGGUUAUGUAUCCUAGUGGGGUUUUUUGUUGUUUUUUUGUCACAUAGAUGGAAAUAUUUGAAUGGUAAAUAUAGAUUAAAAUAGAUCUGGAGUUCCCAUUCCAAAUUCAACUGGUUUCCUCUCCUUAAUACGUUUAUACCAUUAUGUUGUAAACAUGAAAUAGCGAGAGGAUGGGUAGCGCAAACAUUUUGUGCACAAUUUCAUAUUCACUUUUGUAACUUCCAACAU